GCCCGAGGUCCUGUUCCAGAGCAGCGAUCACACACAGAGACACAGUAACAGAGGCGAACUGCGACUAACAGCUAGUGAAGCAUUCAGAGCUUCUGACAGGAUGUAAGAUUUCGAGAAUUUUCUGUGGUCUCGGCUCACACAGCCUCAGCAGGGGAGAAUGGAGAUCAGAAUAAAGUGACACCCUGGAUUUGGACCCAGGCUGUCUCAGCGUCUGCUUUGCUGAAUAAUUGAUCCUCCGGCUUGUGACUGGUUGAAAAUGAGGAAGGCAGCUCUGAUGGUUUGGAUCAGCCUUUUGGUGCAAGUGUCCCAUGGUGCUCAGGGUCAUUAUGCCCGCAAACUUCUGAAUGAUCUGAUGGAGGACUACUCCAACGCUCUGAGACCUGUAGAGGACACAGACAAAGCCCUCAAUGUCUCUCUGCAGAUCACCCUGUCACAGAUCAAAGAUAUGGAUGAGAGGAACCAGGUGCUAACCACAUACCUGUGGAUCAGGCUGGUCUGGUAUGAUGCAUACCUGAAGUGGGACAAGGAGGAGUAUGACGACCUUGAAAUGAUCAACAUCCCCAGCGACCUGGUUUGGAAGCCAGACAUCGUCCUUUACAACAAAGCAGAUGAGGAGUCUGCAGGUGAACCAAGCACUAAUGUGAAGCUGCGUUAUAAUGGCGAGAUCGUCUGGGACUCUCCAGCAAUCACGAAGAGCACAUGUGUAGUGGACGUCUCCUACUUCCCCUUCGACUGGCAGCAGUGCAACCUUACCUUCGGCUCCUGGACCUACAACGGCAACCAGGUGGACAUCAGUUUGGGCAUGGACAGCGGUGACCUGUCUGACUUUGUGGAUAACGUUGAGUGGGAGUGUCAUGGCAUGCCGGCGGUUAGAAACGUCAUGAUGUACGGCUGCUGCUCUGACCCGUACACCGAAAUCACCUACACCCUGCAUCUGAAGCGCCGCUCCUCUUUCUACAUCUUCAACUUGCUCCUGCCCUGCUUCCUCAUUUCGUUCCUGGCACCGCUGGGCUUCUACCUGCCGGCAGACUCAGGGGAGAAGGUUUCCCUCGGGGUCACGGUGCUGUUGGCGCUCACUGUGUUCCAGUUGUUGGUGGCUGAGAGCAUGCCUCCUGCAGAGAGCAUGCCCUAUAUAGGGAAGUACUACAUAGCCACCAUGACUAUGAUCACAGCCUCCACCUCUCUCACCAUCUUCAUCAUGAACAUUCAUUUCUGUGGUGCUGAGGCCAAGCCGGUCCCUCACUGGGCGAAGGUGCUCAUCAUAGACUACAUGUCCAAAAUCUUCUUCGUCUACGAGGUGGGGGAGAACUGCACUACGCCGGAGAGUGAGAGGACCCCACUGUACCCAGAGGAACCCAUGAACGACAAGAGCACAUACCUUGAUGACCGUUUCCACGACUACCACAAUGACAGCCACCCGUACAAGUACAGCAACGGUCAUGGUGUGCAUCAUCAUAACAAGCAUCAGAAAAGUCAGCCGAACGGCAAUGCCAACAGCGGCCGUCACCAUUACAACAACCACAACAACCACGCUUCCAGACUGGAGAGGGGUGAGGGGAAACGAGAUCCUACCCAGCGCUACCACCACAUCAGGAGGGAUGAGCUGGACUACCAGGCCCCUCCUCAUCCACAACACCUCCAGCAUCUGAAUGGAGGGCUGAAGGAGCAACUCCUCUAUCCCACAGAGAAACUUCAAGUCCCUGCCUGCCCUUGCUGCUGCCCCUGCCCCCAACAUAAACAGGUGGUGAAGAACAUCCAGUUCAUCGCCAACUGCUUCCGCGAGCAGAGAGCUACUUGCGUCAAGGCAGCAGAGUGGAAGAAGGUUGCCAAGGUGAUGGAUAGGUUUUUCAUGUGGAUCUUCUUCGUCAUGGUCUUCCUCAUGAGCAUCCUCAUCAUCGCCAAGGCGUCCUGACAGCCUCCCCCCAUCCUCUUUUUACCAUGAUGAUAACAUUCAUCUUCUGUCACUGCUGGACCUCAGUGUUACUCAAGAGUCACCAAUUUUUUUACUUUGACGCAACACCACAUAAAUCAAAGCUGUUGUUGAGAAAUUGUAUGUGACAUGUCUGUAUUGUUUGUGUGUGUGUGUGUGUGUGUGUGUGUGUGUGUGUGUGUGUGUGUGUGUGUAUGUGUCGUUGUGUAGGUUCAUUGUUGUUUGUUUUGACAUACAGAGGACGAUGCACUCAAAUCAUCCAUUUAACCGCACAGGCCCAGAAACUCAUCACUGCCUCUGGGUUAGUUAACGUCAGGUGUGCUUGCACGUGUGACGGAGCAGUAGAGCGGUAAGACAAUCUAGGCCUCGCCUUGAACAUGCAUGGACUGUCCAUUAUUGAUGAGCAAACAGCCAGACAUCCAGCCAUAGGCAUUACAUUACUUACUUCAGGUUUUGGGCAACCAGACGAUGCUGUUUUCCAGAGUCAGUUACAAUGGAGAGCAUGAGCAGAAUGAUCAAAAACAGGGCAAAUGCCAUGUCCUUCUUUAUACAAACCAGGCAAAACUGGUGUUUUCUAGUCUAGAUGUUAAAAAAUUGGUUUACAUAAGUUGUGAAUAAGUUGUGAAAACCUUACAAAGAUCCCUCACUUCUGAACACAAUAUUCAGACGUUGAAGCCUACCUCCAGAGCAUGUGGAUGCACUGUACCUUUCGACUAACUUACACUUUGCUCAUUGGUCCAGUAAAAAAAUAAUGAUAUCUUGUUAUUAACUGUGGUUUUACUCACUGUCCUAGCAGUUUACAUUAUGGUACAAGUCUAAUUUGUUAUGCAUGGUGUAUGUAUACAUUUUACAAAACCGUCCAUUUCUGUUUUGGCUUUUUUUUUUUUUGCAUUUAAAAUCUCUUUUCAUUGCUUCAUAUGUUUUCUGUAAAAGCAUUGCAUAUAUGGUAAUUUCUCUUCACCUGUAUAUUUUCAGGGAGACUGAAAUAUAUGUAAUCACUGCAAUCAUAUAAGCUAUCACAGACCUGAAGCGCACAGAUCAGCAGGACAACAACAGGCAGGCGAGUGAAUGAACCUGGUUUAGUUUCCAAGAGCCUCUAGAGGGCAGAUUGGCUGUAAUAAAGGAUUGAGUUACUGUCUGAAUGACAGAAUGGAUAAACUCCAUGCAUAACAAAGUUAACAUGUAAGUACAUUUAUUUAGAAACAGAAGUAUUAGCAGAUCCUUUCAAUGGGCUUUAAGGGGCAACAGUACAAGAGUUUAAAGAAUAGAUAAAGAAAGAAAGAGCACAUUAUUAAGAGCUGAUUUUAAGGAUACAUAAUCUACAGGACAACAUUUGCUUUAUUAUAUUACUAUCAUUUAGUUAGGAAACAACCCUUCAAUAAAAUCAAUAAAUCAGUAUGACAUUAGUUCCCCCACAAGUGAACCUUCUUAUUCUAGAUUUGAAAGUGACUGAUGCAGCAAAAAAGGAGGAUAAAUAUGAGCAUUAUGAGAUUGAGCGAUGUUAAUUUGAUUUAAAAUAGAAUAGGGUCUAGUGCCUUUAAUUCCAAAUCAUGUUAAAUAAGCUAGUGCUGGUAUUGUGAAAUUUGUCAGACACACUGAGCUCUGCUUCCGUCUAGUGGGGUUUGUAGAUGUAGGCCUCUGUCGCAACUCACAGUUUAAGUGUUUAAGUGUUUAAGUGUUUAAGUUUAAAUGUUGAUCACCACAUUAGAGUAACACGAAAGAAUACAUUAAUUUUACACUGUCCCCUCUUCUGGAGAUCUAGUCCCAACAAGGUGUAUGUAAUUGGAUACAUUUAUAGCCAUGUUAGUGGAUGUUGGUCUGUCCAUCACUUUAGUCCAGACUGAAGUAUCUACUACUGGAUGGAUUGUGAAGACAUUUUGUAUUUUGUUUGUUUCAUGUCCCCCUCAGAAGGAACUUUAAUGACUUUGGUAAUGCUCUGACUAUCUAGCACUAUCAUGAGGUCAAAAAAAGUCAAUUUAUCCAACACUUAUCACUACAUACAUGCAGAACUAAUGACAUCCACAGCCACCUCAGCUGUACUUUGUGUUUAGUGCUAUUUAGCAAUUGUUAGCAUGCUGGCAAACUGAGUUGGUGAACAUAAUACCUGCUAUACAUCAGCAUAAUAGCAUUGUUAUGUGAGCAUGGUGACAUUAGUGUUUAGCUUAAAGCACCACAGUGCCAAAGUAAAGCCUCACUGAGCCGCUAACAUGACUGUAGGCUCAUAGUCUUGUUUACCAGGCAGCUUGUCAAAUCUAUAUAAAAGACCUCAACAGACAGGAGAGUGCCUAGUUUAUUGAUCUCUGGUGGUUCCUAAACGACUACCAAUCAGUAAACCUUUAAGAUAAAGAGACCCAACCAUGACUCGUCUGUUGGACUUUGAUCACAUUAACUUAUUCACAAACCUAAUACAUACAGUAUCUCAGCCUACUUCCCGUAUCUUUGCCUCAGCUGGACCAUGACCUCUUGCUGGAGUGUGUAUAAUCUGAGAUAGGAUCUCCUGGUCUGAGUGAUUCAGAGACAGACUAUUGGGCCACACUUUUUCCAGACUGACAUUAGAAACAUGGUGAUGGCAAUGGUUAGAGUUCAGAGGGGUUUUACAUGUCACAGGGAAGGACACUCCCACAGUUUGGGCAUCUAUAUAGUGAUGUGCUGUUCUUUUUUGUUCACAAUUUAUGGAGGCAAGAGACCAGAGAUAGUAUGUCAUCCAUUAGCAAGCAGCUGUCUUCCAUCAGCUUUGCAGGCAGGAAGCCAUCCUCCUCCUCUGCUGAGAUCAGACUGGUUUUGCUGGGGAGGACUGGCAGCGGGAAAAGCUCCACCGCCAACUCCAUCUUGGCCCGUAA